AAAGAAAAAGUGGUAUAUAAAUGUGAAUUUUGUAAUGAAAAAUUCACAUCAAGGAAAGCUUUCAAGGCUCAUGAAGAAACUCAUCCCGAGCGAUAUGAAUUCAAGUGUGACCAGUGCAACCAGACAUUCAUGAAAGAGAAGCAGCUCAAAGACCAUAAGGAUGCUGUACAUCGUGACCCUCAUUGUCGUUACUGUGGGAAGGAAAUCAUGAAGUUAAAGACAUUGCGCACUCAUGAAUUAAGACACUUGCGUGAUAAGGAUAAUUUUGAGUGUGAUGUGUGUAAGCGUGUGUUCAAGACUAAAACAGGACUAAGACAUCAUGUUGCAGUGCACACAGGUGAAUACAAGUAUUGCUGUGAUUACUGUGGUCGAGGGUUUAUGUCUCGAAUGAUGAUGGUGGAGCACAGAAGCAUGCAUACAAAGGAAGAACGAUAUGUAUGUGAUGUUUGUGGGAGAAAGUUCAGUUUCCAAAGCACAUACUGGAUCCAUCGGAAGUGGCAUGAUAAUCCCUAUCCAUACAAGUGUUCUUUUUGUAAUCGUAUGUUCCGACAUUCAUCUCUAUUGGCUGUUCAUAAACGAAAACAUACUGGUGAGCGCCCAUACCAGUGUCCUCAUUGCCCCUUAUCCUUUCCUGUUGGUGGUACACUUAAACGGCAUUUAAUUUUACAUACUGGUGUUUAUCCGUUUAAUUGUGAGAGUUGCAAGAGAGGUUUCACCACAAGACACAAAUAUGCAACACACCUUGCCAAAAUUCAUGGGGACUACGAUCUUCUAAAUGCAAAACAACCUCAGGGAGAGUAUAAAAUGGUUAUUAGAGAUGAACCAAAGCAAACUGAAGACUUGACUAUGUGGAAGUUUCCAGAAGAGCCAGAACAAAGUGAAAUGAACUUUAAACUUGAAGUUGCAGCAGCCACCGCUGGUGACAGCAUAGAUCAAAUGGACACAAGUAUUCCGUGUGCAGUUGUUCCAGAUGAUAUGUUGGUAGACAGUGGUGUUGCAGCUCGAGUUGUAGAAAUAGUAUUAGAUGAUGAAUCUCAGGCUGUGGCCACUGUAACAUUGGCAGAACCCAAUCCAAACAUAUUACCUGAAUUAUGGUACCAGUGAUUUGAGAGGUACUUUCUUACUAAAUUGUUCUUGAUCGUGUGUUAUGUAAUUGUUUCCAUUUUGACAUUAGUGAUAAAGCUUUUAAAAGACAUCUGUUGAAAUAUUUAUUUAUAAUUGUUUGUUUUUGUUUAAGUCAUGACCAGGAACAAAAUAAAUAUUUAAAAUAGUUAAAUUUGAAACUUCCUUGCACAGUGUCCUAAAAUCUGUAUUUAAAACAUGAUCAAUCAUAGAAAUCCAGCUUAUGGUAGAAAUGAAAAGCUGGAUAACUUCGCAUUUACCCAGCCUUCAGAAAUAAUCUGUUUUAUAUGCGACGAAACAGUUAUGGGCAAGGGAGUACCAUUGUUGAUGACAUAUACUCCUUAUUCAAACACCGAUCUUCCAACAAAAAUUGGACAGCUAAUGGGUGAUGGAUUUAUGGUAAUAGUCGCUGUAACUGAUGUGUUAUGUAAACGCUGUACAUCUUUAAUCAAUUACCUAGACAAAUUAGAAUGUGACUCAUCAAAAGUAAGAACAGCAUUAACAGAAUUCUUAAAAAUUAAAUAUCAGUUGGAUGAUGAAAGUGAUACAGAGCAGAGAAAUGUACAAGGAAGUGACACCAUUCCUCCAAGAGGCGGUAAUGAGAAUCAGUUUGGAGAUGGCUGUGAAGAAGAUUCUGAAAAAUUCCAGUGCUUUGGUACAAAGGCUCUUGUUGCAGAUGAAAGUACAGAUGAUUUAAAAUAUAACUUCAUUUCGCAAGGAAUUAAAACAGAAAAUUUGAAAUUAGAAGACAAUUCUAGUAUAUCAGAUGUAAAAAUAAUAGUUGUGAACAGUGAAGAAUUACAUGAUAAAUGUAAUGAAAAAUAUGAGAAUUCCUUAACCAAAGGGCAGUAUGAAAUGUUAGAAGCAGAUAAUUCUUAUGAAUAUGUAGAAAUGGUUGAUGGGUCAGUAAGUGCUGAAACAAUAUAUGAGUGUAAUGCAUGUUCUUUUAGUACUCCAGUUUUAGAUAUUCUUCUAGAGCAUUUUCAAAGCCACUCGGAACAAGAUCUGCACAAAUGCCCAGAGUGCUGUCAAAUGUUUGAAUCUCAACUGGAAAUGGAAUGUCACAGUAAACAGGUCCAUGGAGCUUCAGAAACGCAGUAUAGUGAAGAUACAAGAGAACUUGAGAAUGAUCCUGAUUAUUACCCUACAACCCAAAAAAUGUAUGAAUGCCAUAUAUGUAAAUAUCAUCAUAAUAAUAAGAAAGUUUUUGAUGUUCACAUGCGUAAACAUUCAAAAUAUGAAAAAUUUCAAUGCAAGAAGUGUUUGAAAAGUUUUAAACAUAGAAUGUCACUGAAGAAGCAUAUGUUUCUUCACAAAUCAUUUAAAUGUGGCUUCUGUACAGCAUUAUUUCAAAGCGAGAUAAGUUUAGAACAGCAUUUAAAGAUUCACAAGCAGAGCUCAAAUAAAAAUUGUGUAAGAGAUGAAUCAUUUUCAUAUGUUGCUCCCAUUGUAGAUGUAGUUGGCAGUAGUAAUGAGGCUGCAGGAGGGGAAAACAUAAUAAAGACAAUAGAUGAAGAUGAAGUGAAUGAAAACAUUAAGAGUGUAAACAAGCAAAUGUCAAAUGUUGAGGAAGAUCAGGUGGAAGUUUUGUUGGAACAAAUGCAUUCAGAAGUUCAGCAGGAGCCCUUUGUUAAGAACAAUAUUGUUAAUAAACCUAAUACUUGUGAGCAGAACACAACAUUAGUAAUGAACGAAGAGAAUCUUAUUGACGGGUCUGAAAUAAAUGUUUCACUAGUUCAGCCUUUGGCUACCUCAGUUAGUGACAGAGUGUCAGCAAAAAAUGAAAACAAUUCUUCUGUUUACAUAGUUGAAUCACAGGUUAAUUAUAACUUUGAGGACAAAAAGCAUGAAAAGGAGGAAGAAACCAAUUGUUAUAAUAUUCUCAAUGUUUUAGACAACAAUUGCACCUUUGAGGAUUCGGGAUAUAUUGAGGCAGAUAGAGAUACAAAACCAAAUACAACAAAUUCAGAAAAGAAACAUAUUGAUGUUGAAUUUAAAACAUCCAAAACAGACUUGAGCAAUUUGAGUGAGAGUGAUGGAAGUAAGACUGUUUCCCGAAAGAUAUACAUGUGUUCUUUGUGUGGAUUAAAAACAACAUCUGAAGCACAUAUUAAGAGGCAUUUCAAGUGUCACAUUGCUUUAGAGAGGAAGACUUACAAGUGCCAUAUUUGUGAGCGUGUUCUCACCACUCGUAGCAACCUCAAGCGGCACAUAAGUCUCCAUGAACGAUGUUCAAGUGGAGAGGUAGAGUGCAACAUGUGUAAUGAAGUGUUAACAGAUCGAUUGCAUUUGAAACAUCACAUGGAGGUUAAGCAUCCAGAGUCUUAUCAGUGCUCCUUUUGUGACCGCCGGUUUGAUAGUAAAAGGGCAUGCCGAGAACAUGAAUUAACACAUCCAGCUCUACAGUGUAACAUUUGUCAAAAGAUGUUCUUGACUGAGGGACGUUUAAAGAGCCAUAAAUUGUUCAUGCAUAGUGAAACAGGUCAGUCUGCAACAAGAUCUAAAGUUUUUAAGUGCCAUAUAUGUCAUAAAAUCCUUACAACUUAUCACAAUCUCAAGCGUCAUUUGAGAAAUCAUGAAAAAUGUUCUGGAGCAGUUAAUUGUGCACUUUGUAAUGAAGAAUUAACGGACAAAUUGCAUUUGCGGCAGCAUGUGGAGGAAAAGCAUCCAGAAAAUCAUCAGUGCUCUUUUUGUCAUAGAGUUUUUGGCAGUCGAAAAUCAUGCAAGUCACAUGAAAUGACACACCCUGAACGUUUUGUGUAUAAAUGUGAAUCUUGUGAUAAGGUAUUUCUAACUGAAGCUCGAAUGAAACGUCAUCAGGAUGUUAUGCAUAGGGAUCCUCACUGUCGAAUUUGUGGUAAAGAAAUAUCCAAUAUGUUGAAACUAUUGGAUCAUGAGAGACGCCAUGAACGACACAAAGUUAUGUUUCCUUGUGGUCAGUGCCCUAAGAUUUUCCGCACUCCAUCUGGUCUGAAGUAUCAUAUGUCAGUACAUACUGGCAAGUAUGCUGUAUACUGUGAAAUCUGUGGAAAGGGGUUACAUUCAGAGGUAGUUCUUGAAGAGCACAAAGCAACUCACACGAAAGAAGUACGUUAUACUUGUGAGAAAUGUGGUCGAACAUUUUCAUCAAAUAGUACAUACCGCAUGCAUCGGUUAUGGCAUGACAAUCCCUUACCUUACAAGUGUAACAUCUGUGACAGAAAAUUCAAACACACUUCAAUUUUGGCUGUUCACAAACGUCGAGCACACACAGGUGAACGUCCCUACCAGUGUCCCCAUUGCAGUCAGACUUUUAGUGUUAGCAGUACACUGAACAAGCACAUCAUUUUGCACACUAAAGAAUAUCCUUACCGGUGCAAACUUUGUGAAAAAGGGUUUACGACCCGCACUAAGAUUGCAAGACAUAUGGCGAAAGUUCAUAACGAUUUUGAAAUGCUGAACUCCAAGAAGAAAACAUGCGAGUACAAAAUGGUUCUUCAUCCUAGUGAAAUCUCUGGGGGGCCAAGGCAGAGUGAAGAGGAGGAUGCCGGAUUCAUCUCAGUAGAACAGAUGCUCCAAGAUGAGAAAGUUGGGGAGCAGGAAGAGGAUGAAACACAGACAGCCACACUACAGGUGCUGGACCCAGCACAAGCUGCAAUUUUCACAAUUUUCCAGCAGGACUUGCCUAGCUCUGACUUCAGUCUAAAUGAAUUUGACACUGUUCCAAAGUAGGUAUUAUGUACUUAUGUGUAGACUAAAACACUCAUAGAACUUUUUAAACAGAAAGGGGCUUUUUUUUUAUGUAUAAAGUGUAUGAACAGUGAAAUGCAAAGUUUAAGAGAAAUACAGUGAAUUAUGAGAAUUAAAUUGAACAGGGUCUCAUAAUUGUAGAGUUGGUAUCCAUUAAUAUAUAUUUUAGUUUUUUUAAAUAAUUAUUGUGAAUUAUUUUUAUUCAAGAAUGAACUAAUUCAAAUAGUAUUUAUUACAUUACACUAAUUAUGAUACACCAUUCAAUGAGGUCCUACAUUUUUAUCAUAAUUUAUAUUGUAUUCUGCUAUAAAGAAAUCGUCAUUCUGUGAAAUGUUUGUUGUGUCACACUAGAUUAUUUGUACUUUUCUUUUCUGCUCAAUAAUAUGAUAAUAAAUAGGCUUGUAAGGAGCAUUUGUAAGUGUAGAGUUAUUAUGCAAGGAAAAAUGUUACAUUCCAAUUAUUUUUGUUGAAAGAAUGUAACUAUUCUAAUAAAAUGGAGAUUGUUGAAUUGAAGGGCUUUAUUUAUUAUUAGCAGGAUUUAACUAAAAUGCAGAUAUGGCCCUUUUACAAUACAGUCAAAGCAAAACUAGGGAAAAUGGAAAUUUGUUGCCAUUGAAUUGUAAUGUUUAGUUACCUGACUUGCUUUUUUUUAACUAAACAGGAAUAUUUAUGUAAUGUGAUAUAUUCUCUUGAGAAAAUCAUAUUGUAAAUAGGAAUGUUUCUUUAUAUGAUACAAGAUCAUUUUUAAUGCUAUCUGAUUCUCAUGAUUCAAUUCAUCACUUCCCUUGACCUCAGGUUGUGCGUUGUUACCUCACGAUAACAGCAGGAAAUUUGAACUUAUACAGUUGAAGUUAUUUAAAAGACAUCUCAUUGCUCAUGCAUUGAUUUGGGAAUUUUAAAUAUGCCUGUGAUGUAUGCCUUAAAACAUUUGUUAUAUUUCUAACUCAAAUGAAAGAUGUGAAUUGUUAUAUUGUACAUAUUGUAAUUUUAUUUAUUUCCCUUUCGACAUGUAAUGUUUAAUAAAAAAAAGUAUUAAUUUAUUAAAAUAUAAUAAAUGUGUUAUGUUUGUCAGAAAAA